AAAAGCAUAAGAUCAUUAGCCUACUUGCUCUCGUGUAAGGGUUAGCGUUUUGAAAAGUUAAUUCGGCGUGCACGCCAAUUAUAAAGCUUGGUAUACACUCAAAGCGUUAAAAACAAUAGACGACCUGUGAGCGAACAUUUCUUAAUUUGUUUUCGAGUUUGAGAAAUUCGCACACUCCAUGAUAAUACAAUUUUAUAGGGAAGCAUAAACGGUUACAGCAGGGAAAAGAUGCGUUUGUUUGACUUGUUUCGAUGGUCGGUAUUUGAAAAUACCUGCUUCAAUGGUUGUUUUCGCGAUAGUUCUUUAAAUUAUAUGACAAACAGCUUGUUAUUUGCAUGUCUAAUUUCUGUAUAAUGCACCUGUAAUCGAGGUGUCUGUCCUGUAUAGGUGUCUGUCUUGUGCUAGGUGUCGAUUGGACGCUUCCUAGCGCAUGUGUGUUGUAUUCAUUUCAAAGCAAGCUUAAUUUAUUCUGGUAGACCUUUUUUAUUAUGUCAAACAAACGAGCAACAAUAUUGAAAACUUUAAAGACUCAAAAUAACUAGGGUAGAUCAUUUUCACUAUAAUUAUGAAUUAUUUUAAGCAACAAACUUGUUUUUCUUUAAUGCGCGAUUGCGUUUUGAAGGCUGUUCAAUAUACAUUGUCCAAUUUUCAAAGGUUUUGCUGACAGCGCAAACCUGGGUACAACAAAAUAAAUUAGCAUUUCAAUAACAAACAUUUUGGGUACUGCAUUAUUACCCUUCAUAUGAACGCAGGCUACUUUUUUCGGAAAAAAACUUGAACAUUUGCCUCUAGCAUCGCCGAACCACAAAAGGACACUCAGACUACCACAGCCACAAAGGCAAGAAACCAAAUCCUUACUGGUAAAAAAUAUAUUAUAAAAAAACGACUUCAGAAUAGUGGACUUUGGAUCAACAAAAACACAGCCAUAAUCCUGAUAUUUUGACAUAGAAAAGGUCCCAUUAAGGGAGCAAGGUCAAAAAGAGUUAACAUUUUCUUCGAAUUGGUAAAGUACUGGAUUGACAAAGGUCAAUUUGAUGUUGGCUAAAACAGAGCAAUAACAAGGGACGUCAUUUACAAGGCUUGACCAAUAAAGAUUGUGCUCUUCGCGUGAAACGCAGUUUGAAAUUGGACCUCACGCAGGCGAUGAACAGACCUUCACGUAACAUCGUCUUCCAAUAACAGAACAUGAAAACAAUAUGGCAGCGGAGAAGUCGAUAUUCCUGGAUUCCUUACGGUGGCAGCGUUUUACUUUACUGGUUCUAGUCUGUUUGGCAGUUUUCCGUGUAACGCCAUCUUCUACAGAAACAGAGCUGAAGUUCACUAAAACUCCACCGCGAAUCCUCUACGUUUCCAAUGGCAGCGCAGCUAAACUAGACUGGGAGUACUAUCUCAAGUCCAGCUCCAAACGCUACGAAAUAGAAAUAACAUGGAGUCUUUACAACCCGGACGAGAGCAACAUGCCGAUCGCGUUCCAAUACCACGCCCCUUGGGACAGCUUCCUUAAGGUGUAUAACACAAGAUAUCAACCCCGCCUGAGCGCGGAGAAUAACGGAUUUAACACGACCUUAGUGGUUGGGAACAUGAGUAGAGAAGAUGAAGGGGUGUUCGGGUGCCAAGUGUUGGUGAGGGAGGAUUCAUACAUCAGUAAAUACGUCAGGAGCACAAUACAAGUUGUCGUGACAGACCGUCCCGAGUUCGUGGCUGUACCGUCCCGCGUGUACACGAUACCCGAGGGCCAGGAUUUAAAUGUCCCGUGCUCCGCGCGAGGAUCCCCAAACCCGAAUAUCACGUGGUUAUGGUGGACUGGAGGCAAAUCUGUCGUCGUGGCCAGCGGUGUUGGUAUCGCGAUUCUAAGCAUGCGCGGUGUGCACAGGGAUCAGGGUGGAGUGUAUGAGUGCCAAGCAAGCAAUAAUCCAAACGAACAAUCGCUGGUCCUACAGACUAGAAUUCGCGUGCAAUAUAUUCUCUUCCCGCCACAAAACACUACAGUGCAAGCAGGGGAGGAAAUAAGCCUGCAAUGCAUCCUGGGUCCCAACGAGAGCUCGCUGAUCACUUGGCACAGACCUACAGGCGCAGGGAGAAUCCGCUCCAACGGCUGUAGCUAUGGCAACCAGAUCCUUCUUAUCCCUGAAGCGAAAGAAUCCGACUCGGGAGUUUAUAUGUGUACGGCCACCAAAGUGCAUGACGGGAAACUUAUGACGGUGUCCGCCAGUGCACACGUCAUUGUGAAAGGACCUCCAAAUUCGCCACUGGUGCGCCAAUUCCCGUCAAAUACGUCGGUCACGCUUCGAUGGCAAAUGCAUUACAGCCAGCACAGCCCUGUCACGCAAUACACUAUAUAUCGACGCGUAAUGCGUGACUGUGACGUCACGUUACCAUGGGCUCAGGUGGCCAACGUGACUACUGCCCUAGAGUACGAGGUCUUGGGUCUAAAGCCCGGAGUGACGUAUCAAUUUAUUGUGACGUCAUGGAAUGAGUUUGGGGAGAGCGAGAAGAAGGAUUCCCAAGCCUUGGGAGUCAGAUUGGGCAUCGCACGGGAUAAUGUCACGGGAGACAACGUUUCUUUAUAUCCGACUUCACCCAGAGUAUGGCAAGCGAGACUAUCAAGUGACCAAUCAACAAUUACUAUUAUGUGGGCAGCUGUUACAAACUUACACAGCCCUAUAACAAUGUACACUCUCUAUCGCCGCGUCCUCACUUCCGGUGACAUCACGUCGUCUUGGAGACAACUUGUUAACAUAACCGUGCCUGCUGACCUGGAGUACAACUUUACCGACGUUGAACCGGAAGUGACGUAUCAGUUUGUUGUGACGUCAUGGAAUAGGUUCGGCGAGAGUGAGAUUGACGAGUCGAAGAUUCUAGAAAUCAGGAUCGUAGCAAAUAUAUCAAGACCUGGAAAUAAAGAAAACAAUCAUUUUGAUCAUGAGGACAAAGUUCCCGUGACACCAGUAAAACAAGAUUGCCACACGUUCCUUGUCGUGACCGCGGUUUCCGUGCUGGCUAACAUGGUCCUUCUAGUCGUGCUAGUUGUCUUCAUUUUUCGAAUAAAUAAGCUGGCGGUUAAUAUCAAAGCAAGUCAAAGUGGAUUGAAAGGGCCAUCUUUCCCAAGCAACCCAAACAACUACACACCCGUGCAGUCCCACCAGACAAGACAAACUUCACGAGAUGAUCACUACACCUUACAAGAAGAGCAUUCGUUCCGUGAGCCCUUGCCGUCACUCCCUAUAGACGUUGAGGAAGUGCCGUUGACCAAGAUUGAGCCGCGGCAAGCGUCCGCCAUUAAGCGCAAGCGCGGUUCCAUGAGCUCCCUGAGCUCGGCGGGCUCGUCACAGUGCUCUCUAAACGAACAGAGUCCUCUUACGUCAGACAGGGAGAUAUAUGAACCAAUGAGAACUACAAAUGAAGAACCUGUUUGACAGGUUUAUGGUCAAGUUGCAUCAAAUGAUGGGUGACCUGUUUGACAGGUUUAUACCAAGUUCAUCAAAUGUUGAGUGACCUGUUUGACAGGUUUAUACCAAGUCGAUUAAGUGCCCGAACAUGUAUCCUACGGGAUAUGAGUUAUACGGGUAAAGUUGUCAUCGAUGCUGUGCCCUUAAAGGCUUAAGACGAGUAGUGUUUGUUGUCAAAAACGUGUGCGUCUGAGGAACAAAGCUUUGGAGACUUUGAUACAUAGCACACAUCUUUAAAGCACCACCCCCCACCCCCCCUGUUGGCCGCCAAAAGGCAGUUCUUUCUGUCACGAGAGUUGAAGAAGCGGAGUGACGAUGGCGGUGCGAACCUUACGUAUGACUGCACACUCCCUCAGCAGAUUCUGGGUACGUACGCGCACGACCAAUCAUCGGCCGCGUGCGCACAUGGCUUAUACAUUCGAGAGUUUGGUUCUCACAUCGACGGUGGAGACAGCAAAAUAUAACAAGUUUUUAUAGUCUUAUGCAAUUGGUAAUAUGAAGAAUAUGGGAUUACUCAAUAAAGAAUAUGAGAUGCCCCCUUAUAAACAUAGAUAAUAUAUUACAGUUUUAGUACAGGAACAAUGACAUAUUUAUUAAUUACCGAUUGUAGUGCUAAUCUUACAGCAGAGUUUUUUUGUAUGAAAUUUUCUUUACAAGCAGACGCAAUUUCUUAUUGUAAAUUCUGAAUUUUGUUUAUUUUUGCAGUUGAACAAUAUAUAAUAAUGUGCCUGAAAUUCAUUGAAAGUUGUUGGCAUUAAAAGACAACUAGUUGGUAUAAA